UGGUCUCUUAUAUAAACACCACCUAAACCUUUCCAUGUUCUAUGUAUAUCCCAAAGCUUGAGAGAUAACAGAAAAGAAGGAAAAAAAAAAACAUAGAAAGAAAUGAUGAAGUUCAAGUCCAAGAGGUUUGGGAUUAGAUUUGGGUUUGGUAAAAGAAGCAGCAACAAAGGAACACAGCAACAAGAUCAACAACAGAAGGGAGUUGUUAACAACAACAAUAACAUCAAUAGUAGCUGCAGCAACUAUGAGAUCAAAUGGGAACUUAGGCCAGGAGGCAUGCUUGUUCAGAAAAGACAAGAGAGUAUUGGUGAAGACUUGAUCUCAAUUAGAGUCUCUACUUUUGCUCAUUUUCAUGAUCUCUCCAUUGAAGCCACCUCCACUUUUGGAGAACUAAAGAUGGUAUUAUCAUUGCUUACCGGUUUAGAGCCAAGCCAACAAAGGCUGUUAUUCAAAGGGAAAGAAAGAGAGGAUUAUGAAUAUCUACACAUGGUUGGUGUUGGGGACAAAGACAAAGUGUUGUUGUUAGAAGAUCCUGCCUUCAAAGAGAAAAAGCUUCUUCAUCUCAACAACAUUACCACUUCCUGUCACACUAUAACCGUAUAAACCAACAAAACAAACUUGUCAAAAUUAGUUGUUUUGUGAAAUACUUACUUUCACUCAAGAAAAUUUAACUAUUUCUCUUAGGAUUGUCAAAGCUUUUUAAUAAGCUCACUUUUUUUUUCUUUUUUUUUUUUUAAUUAGAGCUCACUCA